AUGACGGGUCCAAGUCUCAGCACGCCAGAUCUGGAGAACGGAUAUGGAGGCGAACAGAAGCGAAUUCAAAAGGUCCCUUCAUGUCAUCGUAUAUUUCACGUGGAAAAAAUAGGCGCAUCAACGCAGUCAAUCCCCUCCAAGGAUGAUCCCGACUCUACACCGUUAUUGGACGACGCGCCGCCAUUGGAACAGGAGAGAAUUGGUGAGUUAUCAAAGGAAAACUUUGUUUUGCGCUUUGCUUACAUACUCUUGCAUACUAAAUAGUAAAUAUCGGAAGGCUGACCUGACUUUGAGCUUUCAACCGCGUAUUCUGUGUUUGCAAUCAGUUUUUAUAUGUUGCACUUAAAGAAUUCGCCUUUAUCAGUUGUCUGUCACACCAGAAUUUGUCUUAAAAUAAUAGAAUUAUCAGCUCGGAACGAUAAAUUACUCACGAAAACGAACUUCGUAAUACGGGGUUUACAUUGAUAAGACGAUUACAAGCUAGUUUACAUAAAAAAAUGACGGGGAAACAGUUGAUGUGGGAGUGCGGUUUUAGGGUUUGUAAUGGAAAGACCUAGACUAACAAGUCGCGGCAGAUUUCAAUCAUUAUUGUUACUGAAUUCAGAUGAUCAUGGAUUCGGAUUUGGCUCCUUUCGGCAUAAAGCCCGGGAGAAUAACCUGGCGCUGUACGAGAAUGAACCGCAGAGCAAUUUUCUGAAUGCAUUGGUCGGUGGAUACACGACUCCGGGUCCGCAAGAACGAGCAGCGAGCAAAAAUGCCAAGGCUAAGGUAAGCUGUUGAUUAUGGUCAAUGAGUUGGUCUUCUGUUAACAUCGAUUAUCGUUUCUUCCAGGCCGAUCUUGGUGUCAUGUUGGGCGUAUAUCUCCCAACCAUCCAACACAUCUUGGGUGUUACAAUGUUCAUCCGUCUCGGCUGGUGUGUGGGAGUUGCCGGUGUAGGAGAGACCUUUGGAAUGUUGUUCUUAUGCUGCGUUUGUGUAAGUGACUACUCCAUUGCAUUGUGAAUCCAUCCAUUUCAGACCUUUUUGACUUGCAUAAGUUUAUCCGCUGUCGCCACCAAUGGCGUCAUUGAAAGCGGAGGUGCCUAUUUCAUGAUAAGUCGAAAUCUCGGGCCAGAAUUCGGAAGUUCAGUGGGAAUCUUGUUUUAUCUGGCAAAUACAGUAGCCACAGCCAUGUAUCUGGUGGGUGGAGUUGAAAUAUUGUUGCUGUACAUCUUCCCCGACCUUACCAUUGGAGGCUCUGCUGUCCACACUGAUACCGGUACGUCCUUCUGUUUUGUUUAUGAUUGCUUUUAGGGCCAAUGGGAAUGAUGACGCAUAAUCUUCGACUUUAUGGCACGAUAUUGGUUAUUAUCGAAUUCUUGAUCGUCGCCAUGGGUGUGAAGUUUGUGCAAUUACUAGCCCCCGUUUCCCUAUUCUGUGUGAUCUGCUCAAUUCUUGCAUGUUAUGGUGGAGCCAUCGAGAAGAGUCUCAGUCCCGAUGCUGGUCAACGGUGAGCAUCUAUGAGACAACAUUAAUCUUUUUUUAUUUCUUGUUUUAAUACGGUCUUAUUUCAGUGUCUGUAUGAUUGGGCCACAUCUCCUUCAAUCAAAGGCUUUUAUGCCCGAAAACUCCACUCUGGCAGAUGUCUGCAAUUAUUGUUCUCCAACGUAAGUGAUAUUUGUUUUAUUUUUAUCUUCCUUUAGGAAUGAACUUCUCCUCAAUAACUUGUGCCUCGGGUCUAAUUUAACCAAAGCGUGUAAACAUUCGUGGAACAUAUCGGAACUGGCGUGUGUGAACGGUUAUCCCGGAGGGCACAGCACUCUAAUCGACAAUCUUGGGAGCACUUAUCCACACGUCAAUGAAUACCUUCAGAAUCAGGAAGCCGACACUACGGUGGAGAUCUUCCAAGAUGCAAAGACGUCAUUCUUCCUCAUCCUGGCGAUCUACUUCCCUGCGGUCACUGGCAUAUUCACAGGAACAAACAUGUCUGGCGAUCUGAAGAACCCACAGAAAUCCAUCCCUGGUGGAACAAUCGCCGCUCAGUUGACAACUUCCUUUGUUUACUUUUCGUUGGCCUUAGUGUUUGGAUUCACAAUUAAUCCAGCAUUACUCAGGGAUAAGUAUGGGCAGUCAUUGAAUGGUGGAAUGGUUACUGCAUAUCUGGCAUGGCCUUCGCCUUGGGUUCUCCUCAUCGGGUCUUUCUUGUCAACGUUCGGAGCCGCUCUUCAGUGCCUUUGCAGUAAGUCCUUCCUUAUUCUUAUCGCAAUUAUGAAUUCCGGAAAGGCUGUGUUUGUUUUAUAGGUGCUCCUCGGCUUCUUCAAUCGAUUGCCAAGGAUGAUGUGAUCCCGAUCCUCGCUCCGUUUGCCAAGGUCACCAAAUCCAACGAGCCCUUCAACGGCCUCAUCAUUACUACCAUUAUCGCCGAGCUUGGCAUCUUGUUAGGUGCUAUGGACUCUAUCGCUGCUGUUGUCGACUUCUUUUUCUUGAUGUGCUACGCCUUUGUGAACUUGAUCUGCGCCAUGCAUUCAAUUCUCGGAGCUCCCAACUGGCGUCCUCGUUACACAUACUACCAUUGGAGUCUGUCCUUGUUGGGUGCCGCUCUCUGUUUCUUCAUUAUGUUCUCUACUCACAUCGAGUAUGCCAUUGCUUCGAUUGUUCUUUGUUUGGCAAUCUACAAGUAUGUUGAGUACAAAGGAGCCAAGAAGGAAUGGGGAGACGGGUUCAGAGGACUGGCCUUGAGUACCGCCCAGUACAGUAUCCAAAAGAUUGAUGAGAACAAAAAGGACGCCAAGAACUGGAGACCACAAUUGUUGUUGUUGCACUCGAUGCCUUGGUCCAAGGAGAUGUUGGAUGUGAGAUAUCUGAACUUAUUGAACCUGGCAGCCCAAAUGAAGGCCGGAAAGGGAUUGACAAUGGUCGUUUCUUUCAUUCGUGGAGAUUCAAGCACUCAGGCGGAUGUUGAGAGAGCUCAGGAGGUGAGUAUUGAAGGGAAUAGGAGGAGUGCAAGAUAAUGAGCUUUGAUUUUAUUGUUUAUUUGUUUUAGAUCAAGAACAGAAUGAAGAAAGACAUGGACUCGGUCAGACUUCGAGGAUUUCCUAAGAGCAUUCUGUACAAUGAAGAUCAGAUCAGAGGUUGUGUUAAUACUCUCAUCCAGUCAAUUGGUAUUGGAGGUCUCAGACCCAACACACUCAUGUUGAGCUGGCCCACAAAGCCUUCGGACAAUGACGGUUCAGCCACCAUGGAGUACAAUACCUUUAUUGGUAAGUGCCUCAUUCCUUUCUUAUUGCCUUUUAUCCUUCAGAUAAACUUUUGGUCGGAACUUUGAAUGGAAUGGCUUUGAUCGUUGCUAAGGGAAUCACCGACUUCCCGGACCGUAAGAUCACCGGAACCAUGGAUGUGUACUGGAUUGUGAAGGACGGUGGUCUGUGUUUGCUAAUCGCUUUCCUCCUCAGGCAGCACAAAGUAUGGAGAGGAUGCAAGCUCCGUGUGAUGUGUGUGGCUGGAAGCAGCGAGAACAAUGUCAGGAUGAGGGAUGUGCUCAAGAAAUACAUCUACGAACUCCGUAUUGAUGCCGAGAUCAAGGUCGUUGACAUGAAUGAAUCUGCCGCCACAGAAGAGGCCUUUGUCAGAACCUUGUACAUGGAAGACAGAAAUAAAUUGUUGAGAGAGUUGAGGCAGAAUAUGAGGGAUGGAGCUGAUCAUCAACUGACUACAGGAUCUAUUGAUGUAAGUUGAAUAAUCUUGUGCGGUGAUGCAAUGCGUUGAACGCUGAUGUAAUAUUAUGCUGUUGCAGUCUCGACGGGGGGCUAGCUCGGAUGCCGCGGAUACGCCAACCUCGGAGAAUGGUGGAAACAUGGACACUAUUAACUCGACCUCAUCCCGCUUUGAUCAUCUCGACAAGAAGAAGGUCUUCAAGAUGCAAACUGCCAUCCGAUUGAACGCGAUGAUGAAGGAGAAUUCGGCGGAUGCUCAGCUCGUUAUCAUCACUUUGCCAAAAGCCCCAAGAGGAGAAGAAGGUGAGUUUAGAUGGUUAUUUUUUUAGUAGGGAUUGAUUAUUGACUCAUAAUAAAUGACCAUUUGGUUUCAGCCGCUCACGACUUUUUCCACUACAUGGAAGAGAUGAGCUCGGGUAUCAAGAGAAUGUUGUUCGUCCGCGGAACCGGAGACGAAGUCAUUACCGAAUCCUCAUGA